AUGAAGUUCUUGGUUGUUGCACUUGGGACUCUCGCAUGCGUUGGAACCGUUUUUGCAAAUGUUGCCUGUGAUGCAGCUUGCGCAAAAAUGCAGUGUUUCUCUUCUAUGUGUUUGCAGAAAGGCUAUGCAACGACUGUAACUGUAACUGGUGGUAGUGGAAAUCCAGGCGGAAAGGCUCAGCCAACAGUGACCAAAACUUGUACACGUACGGUGACAUCGGCGGCUACGACCGGAAAUGACGCUGGUGGAAAGGGGGGCGAAGUCAAGACCGUUACAGUAACCGACUCCGCCGACGAGGAAGACGACCUCCAAACUGUCACCAAGGUCGUAACGAAAACAUGCACAAAGACCGUCAAGGAGACCAUAAAGGAGACUGUCACAGUCAAGGCUGAUGAGGUCGCGGAGGCUGGUGGAUACUAG